GAGGCGCCCAUUGUGACAUUUGAUUUAUUUGACGUGUGUGUUUUUGAUAGAAGCUCAACACGAAACUGACACAUUCACACACGCACACACACACACAUACGCAUACAAAGUGAAGCAGACGUUGAGUCGACGGCGCCGCUCUUAAGAAUUUCGAAUGUGGAACGAAAAUAAAAUGAAAUACAUUUAAUUUGUGUUUGUAUAUUGUAUUGCAUUGUUUCGUAUGCGUGUAUUUUGGAUUUGGAUUUGGAUUAGUUAAGUGCCAAGUGUGACCAACAACAACAGCAGCAACAACAACAACAAACAAACAAAUGCAAAAUUAAUAACGGCAUUAAAACAGCACAAAUAAAGUGACAAAAUGAUGCUACACGAAGCGGUUAUGUUGGAAAUCUAUCGCCAGGCGCUGAGUGCAAGUGAGCUGGCGAGUCCUCGCUGUCAGUCGAGGGAGUCGAAUGCAUCUGCUGCCGCUGGCGACGCUCGCUGCCCGUCGAAUGAAUCCCACUGCUCGGCCAAUGAUUGCCUGACGCCGGCGCCGACGCCGACGCCGACAGCGAGUUCACCGGUUGGUUUGCCGUUGACGGCAACGUUGGCUCCGUCCGCGGCUGCUGCGCUGCUGCCGCCGCAGUCGGCAGCGAUGGCUGCCUAUUUGGCGGCCGCUCAACAGAAUCAUUUGCUGCUCACAAAUCCGUUGGCAGCGGCUGCCUCGCUGGUGCAGCAGGCGACGUCGACGUCGCACCAGGAGCGCGAUCGGGAGCGGGAGCAGGAGCCGGAGGAGGAAGAGGAGGCGGAGGUGCCCGCUCUCGACUUUAGCCGGAAGCGCAACUCGAGCGACUGCGAGGCAGCCACCGGCAGUGAAGAGGAGCCGGAGCAGGAACCGGAUGCAGAUGCGGCGGAGGUGGAUCACGAGUCGGCUCCACUGGAUCUAUCUGUGAGCACGCGCAAGCGACAAACGCCCAGCUUGGAGCAGGAGGCACCAGUUCACAAGCAGCCACGUGGCACGGACUACAAGUCACCCCUACCCCUGCCACCCGGCAGUUGGGUGCCCCCCAUCAAUCCGUAUCUGGCCGCUGUGGCGGCAAAGUCAGCGAAAAUGGCGCCAAGUGAGGCGAGCAAAGCGCUGGAGAAGAUGAGCGAGAUGAGUCGCAGGGAGACACCACCACCACCACCGCCCACAAAUAGAGUGGGUGGGGGGGCAGGUGCGGGAGGUGGGGCAGGAGGAGGAUCGGGUGGUGGUCGCCACAGUGCCUGGCAAUCGCAUUGGCUAAACAAAGGAGCCGACGCUGCCAAGGAUGUCUUCAAGUGCGUCUGGUGCAAGCAGAGCUUCGCCUCGCUGGCCCUGCUCACCACCCACAUGAAGGAGACGCAACAUUGCGGUGUCCAGGUGCCCUCCCCCUCACCCGCCGAGGGCAGGGGUCAGGCGACGCCACGGACGAGCAGCACCAGCAGCGGCAGCGCCUCGAGCAGCAGCAGCAGCAGCAACUCGACCAGCUCCGUCAAAUCGGAGCUGAACAUGCUGAUCAAGGAGACGAUGCCGCUGCCCCGCAAGCUGGUCCGCGGCCAGGAUGUGUGGCUGGGCAAGGGGGCGGAGCAGACGCGCCAGAUACUCAAGUGUAUGUGGUGCGGCCAGAGUUUCCGCUCCCUCGCCGAGAUGACGAGCCACAUGCAGGAGACGCAGCACUACACGAACAUCAUCUCCCAGGAGCAGAUCAUCUCGUGGAAGUCGGGCGAUGAGCGUGCCCCCAACGGCAGCCAGACACAAGCCGGCAGUGCAGGUGCCACUGCCGCUGCCCCUGCCACGCCCACGGUGAGUGCGGUGCUGACGUGCAAGGUGUGCGACCAGGCAUUCGGUACGCUCAAGGAGCUCAGCACGCACAUGGCCCAGCAGUCGCACUACAAGGAUGCCGGCUCCAGUUGCUCGGCGGUCGCCGUCUCACCGCCGCCGCUGCCAAAUGCGAAACGAGGUCGCCAGCCGCGCAAUGAGAAGCGCAAGAAGUCGCUGCCGGUGCGCAAGCUGCUCGAACUGGAGCGUUCCAGUUCGAAUUGUAGUCUGGACUCGGCGCUGAAACCGUUGCGCGACUUUGCCGCCGCCACCAAAAUCACUUGCGAGAAGUGUGGCACUAAAAUUGAGACGGCCCUGUUUGUGGAGCACAUCCGCAAGUGUCUCGGCGAGAGCAUGCCCAUACCGCCAAGAAGGCAGCAGCAUCAGCAGCAGCAGCAGGCAACGGCAGCGCAGCAGGAGCAGCGACUGUUGUCCAGUCCGCCGGGUAAGCCCAAUUCGAGCGGCAGCCCAUCCGUGCUGAAUGCGCUCGAGCAGCUGAUCGAGAAGAGCUUCGAGUCGCGAGUGGGUCGCCUGGCGGGCCAUGCUGGGGGGUAUUCGGAGAGCGGUACUCCCUUGGGUGCUAGCAUAUUGAAGCGUCUGGGUAUCGAUGACAGCAGCGAUUAUACGAAACCCUUGAUGGACGCCCAGACGAUGCAUAUGCAACUGUUGCGCUCCUCAUCCUCCGCUUCGUCCUACCAGGCGCGAGAUCGCAGCGCCAGUGAGUCGAGCACGGCCAGUCGAGUGGAGUCCGCCUAUACGCCGGACAGACAACUGCCGACGCCGCGACGCACACCCGACACGCCGGUGGCAACACCAACAACAACACUUCCAGCACCACCCAGCUGCAGCAGCAGCAAUAGCAACACCACCAACACCACCACCACAAUCAAAUCGGAACCCUUGGAGCCGGCAGACACCUACGAGCUGGAGACAAGUUCGAGCCUCAGUCGGCAUCUCAUCAACGUGAAGAAGGAGUUCAGCAUGGAGCAGCAGCCGAUGGCGAAUCCUCGCGAGAGUCCCAGCGCCAGCAGUGAACGCUCCAACACAUCGCCACAGCCCGCAGCACCGCCUGCUGCUCAUCCCCCCUCAGCUCUGGCGGAGAGUGGCAGUCUCCUGGCGCUCAACUCCAUGUUCGAUCAGCUGAGCAACGUGGAAACCAACAACAACAACACAGGACACUGUUUCAACAACAACAACAACAACAACAGCAGCAAUAACAACAACAACAACAAUGCAAGUGCAACAAAUAAGAAGCCGAAAGCGCAUCCUUUGGCUGCACUCCAAAAGCUGUGCGAGACAACAGAUCCACCAGCCUCGAAUACGCGUAGUGCCUCCUCGUCGUCCUCGUCGACGGGUGGAGUGGGAAAUGGGGGCAGUGAUUUGGUUGCGUUUAGUUGGGCCUGCAACGAGGCGGUGUUGAGCGCCAGUGCUGGGUUAACUGGUGGCGACUCCAUCAUCAUCAAGUGCUCCUUCUGUGAUACGCCCUUUGGCUCGAAGGGAGCCUAUCGCCAUCAUCUGUCCAAGGUGCACUUUGUCAAGGACACCAUCAGCAACAACACCAACUCCAACUCCACCAACACCAGCACCACAACCGGGGCAGAGUCAUCAUCGCCGCCACUCAAAUCGCCAGCUGCUGCACACUCACCCAAAACACUGCCGCUGGCAUCCCCCAAACGCUCCGCUUCCCGCAGUCCGGCUGCUGCUGCCCAACAACAACAACUGCUGCAGCAGCAGCUGCCACAAAAUUCGCCGUCGCCCUACGAUGAGAGUCCCCAGUCAAAGUUUCUCAAAUACACGGAGCUGGCCAAGCAGCUGUCCUCGAAGAAUGCCUAAGCGUAAAGUAUGCCAGAGUCUAAUUUACACUAUGCAACAAAUGUGUUGCAACAAAUAAAAUGACACCAUGCCACAGCACACUAAAUGCAACAAAGUAGCUAAAACAAAAAUACAAAAAAUUUUAUU